AUGGCAUCCGAACUCCUCCUCACGCCCCUCCAAGAGCUCAAAGUCCUCCAACAUCAAAUCCCCGCCCACGGCCUCCUGAUCCCCAAUACCUCGCUGCAACGCAAACCCCUCCUGAUCUACAAAGCCGCUUUUCACACGCCGCCGCCGCCGCCACAAAACCCCACCACCACCACCACCACCACCACCACCAGCAGCAGCAUCGCUUCUGCCAUCGAAACCCACCUCUCCCGCAUCGGCAUCGUCGUCCCGCAGUGGCGAUUCACAAUGUACAGCACAUCACACUUCCACAGCACGACGCACGAAGUGCUCGCCGUGUGCCACGGGCGAGCGCGGUUAUGCUUCGGACACGAGGAGAACCCGGGCCGGGUGGAAAGUGUUUUGGAAAGGGGGGAUGUGAUUGUGAUUCCGGCGGGGGUGAGUCAUCGGUUGUUGGAGGAUUUGGACGGCGGGUUUGAGAUGGUGGGGAGUUAUCCCGAAGGUUCAGGUUGUCGUCGUUGGGAUAUGUGUUAUGGGAGGCCGGGGGAGGAAGGGCAGAUUGCGGGGAUUCGAGGGUUGGGGUGGUUUGAGCGGGAUCCGGUCUAUGGGGAUGAGGGGCCGGUGUUGGGGGUCUGA